UCUGUUUUUAUUCCUACAAGCUGACCCACUAACCUCCAGCUAUUCUGCCGCUAUAUCGAGCAGGAAUUUUAGAAUAACUUCAUUCAAAAAUGUCUUAUACCUGUUUAUGUCUGAAUGUCAAGAUUUUCUGCAAGACAAAACCAAGUUUUCAACAGAACGAGGAUUUAUGGAAGACUAAAUAUGAGUUUUUCUCACAAAAGCUGGGUCAAGCUUCAGAUGCUGAAGUGAAGAAAGAACACACCUACCUUGUACACAAACAUGCUGUAGGGGAAUGGAUUGUGAACAGGUGCUUGAACUGUGGCGUUGAGACACAUGCCACACGACAGGGGACCAGUGUGGUGCUUCUCUCCCCUCAACUCCAGAGUGAUCUUCAUAUUAGCGAAAGGUUAAUGCAGUCUCCAGAAUUUUCCAAAGUUUUCAACAUAGUCCUUCAUGGGCAGAGCAUUACAAUCUCUAGUCAUGACAUGCCAGAUCCCUCUUCUAAAAAUUAUGAAUCUCUACAAGUGGAACUGACACAUAUUCAGGACCAGGUCAAUAGCUUCCUCCUACAAGAGGAGGAGGACAUGGAGAAGAGAAUCAGGGACUUUGAGGAGGAUCAGAGAGCCAAAUUUCAGGCAUUACAAUCAAGUGUUCAGACAGAAAAGAAGAAAAUGAUUAAUCUUGUGUUGCAAGCAGAGAAGCAGUUGGAUACCUCUGUUCCAGAGAAAAAUGAGUUGCCAAACCUUUCAGCUGUCAUGUCAAAGUCUUCCAAGAAACCUUCAUUGACAAGGGUAAAAUCAACUCCAAACAAGCGCCUGCACUCCGUGGAUGAAUACGAACAGACUCCAGACUCAGAUGUGAUGUUCUUGUUGGAGGGUGAAGGUCAAGGCCAAGAUGAACUUUUCUACACAUCAGAGGAGGAGGAAGAAGAAGAGACAGAUAGCAGAAAGAACAGCAGCUUGAGUUCCGACAGGACUGGUCGUUUCCAGAAAAGACCCCUCCAGUAUUCUUCUUCCGUCCCCAUUAUGGUUCCCAGGUGGGGAAUGACAGCCAAUAAAGACUCAGGGGAUGAAAGUGAUGAAGAUCCUGCCCCUUCAGACCCAGAGGAAAUGGCGGCUUCCAUGCAAGCUCUGGCCAGAAGCAUAACUAACGAUGAAAGGAUGAUCUUUGGAGACAGACCCAGGCCACGGCUAAACACCGGUGACUUUCAUCAUUAAUCUCUGCAACCUUUUUCGAUGAAAUACAUUUUUUGUCUAUCAUUGACAGGUUUAUAUAAUAAUAUGAUAUUUUGACCCUUAAUGGUAAAAUUGAAAUGAUAAAUGAUACUAGUAAGUGGAAGUGUUAGUUCUUAAUCAUGCUGUUAUUUGAGGCCUCUGUAUGGAAUUACAAAGUCAACUUUGAUUUUUAUUUCAAAUUUAAUAAGGUUUUCUAUUACUCCUGUAUUGAAUACAUGUGUGUAUAAUUUUAUUGUUUUUUUGAGCAUUAUAAAAAAUACAUGAAUUUCAAAUAUGAUUGCUAUUUUGAGUAAUCUGUUGUGUAUUUACCUAUUAGUCGUGGCCAUCAUAAAUGUUUUAUAUUAUGUUGGCCCUGCAGCACUGCAAAUUUAGUCAUAUCAAAGCUACAUGUACUGUGUGCUUUUUAAUUAACAAUGGUAGUCAUAUGCAGAAUUGUGUCACCUUAUAAGAAUCUGGGGAUGUUAAUUCAAUAUUUGUUGAAUAUUUCAGUUUGAAGUAUGUUAACAAUGAAAGGUGUAUUUAUGACAUCUUCUAUUUUGUACUUCUGCCCUCAUUCUACUUCAAUUCAUUUCAAAUGUGAGUCAGAUGAAGGAACUUAAGCUAUAAAACCAAUUCAGAUUUUAAACCUUUUGAUCUCCAUAUACACCUGUAAAACUUGAAACAUACUACAAGAAUAAAAUGACAUCAUUUAUUGUUAAUGAUAUUGACAGAGAUUCUGUAUUGAUUUUCAUUAGAAUAGUUUUAAAAGCUUAAAUUACAUGUUACUGAUUUACAAAUGUUAUACAUGAAUACCUACAAGUAGAUACCAGGUAGGUAGAACCACCCCCCCCCCCCCACCACCACCACCCCCCCACCAUCACCAUCUCCCCAAAAAAAAAUUGCAAUAUAAUAGGAUGAUUGUUGACUUGCCCCACCCCUCACUGUUUCUACACUUAGUAACCAAGACAAUUCAAAACCAAUACAUGUACCGGUAGUAUAUCCCUUUAUUUUUUUAAAUAAUCGAAAUUUUAAUGAAUUUAUGUACCUGCAUUAUAUGUGUUGUGUAAAUUAGACCCUUCCAAGUAUUUUCUGUGUUUAGCGCCUAGGUUUUUGACACCCAAUAUCAGAAAAAACAAACGAAAUUAGGAUUCCUGAAACUGAUUAUUCUGGUCAAAAUCUUUGAAUUCUGUCAAUUUUCUAAAUAUUUGUCUACAAUAUGUCAUGUUAGGUCAACUUUAAGAUUUAAUAUUGUGAUUUUACUUAAGAAUAGAUCUUUCUAUGAGAAAAUUAGAUUAAUCAAAUCAAUUCCUUUGAUUGAGCCUAUUUUUAUGAUGAUAAAUUCUUUGUUUUAUUUUUUGGUUUGUGUUUUUUUUUUGCGAAUAGGUAGGUAGGUUUUUGAAAGAUGGGUGGACGCUAAACAGAGAAAAAACUUGGAAUGGCCUUACUAUCUUAUGGCAUUAUUAUAAGAAGUAAUUAGAAUAUAAGAAAAUUUUGCAGUUUAAAUGUACAUGUUUGAGUGAAGUUAUAGUCCUCUCAAUAAACCAGUGACAUUACUUACAUUACCAGAAGUAUUACCGAUAUGUUUACGACUCGUUAGUCAUUAUUAUAGGGCAAAUAGCAGGGUAUCCUAUUUGUUUUGUUCAACAUCUAACAAUUUUGGCUUUUAUUAUUCCCCUUUUUUGCCAGAUUUCAUUGUUAUAUACCAGUAUGAAUUGUACGUUGAUUUUGAAAAAUGUUACUAACAGUUAUAGAAUAACACCGCUGAUUGUUUUUGUGUCAUAAAAUUAUUUAUUAAUGAUGAUUCUUGUUGAAGUUAACUUGACAUUUAGUUUUAAUCAUUCCAUGUAAGAGAACAUGUUGUUUUAAUUUUAUUUUCUUCUUUUAGUGUUUUUAUCAUUAGGUAAUGGUUUAUUGUGAUCAAGUGACGUGUCACAUGGUCAGUUUUUAGUCUUGGACAGUGGUGCAUACAGGAUUGUAGUAAAAACAGUCUUUUUAUUCUGAAAUAUUUGUUUUAAAUUGUGUUUGGUGCUUUUUUGUCUCAAAUCUCUGUAAGUGUGAAUGUCUGUUUACAACAUGUUUUAGAAGUUAGCGUGUUACAGAAGAGAAGCUCUGUGCAUUUAGCUACACGUGUGGAACAGCCAAGUUGCUGCCCCAUUACAAAUAUUAUGUCCAAAUGUAUGAUUUAUGCAUAUGAAUAACCAUAUCACUUAUAACAAGCAAGUUUCAAAGUGAUGUUCUUGUUAAGCUUAUGGUUGUCCUAUGGGGUUGUGUACGGCAGGAAUUAUUAUCUUGUCUGAAAUUAAGUAUGCCAAGCAAAAGUUCACCAAUGUUUACAUUUCAAAGUGACCCAAGCAAAAUUUAUUGUUGUAUGGAGCAAAUAAGUUUGUUUAUUAUCUUUUAAAAUUAUUUUAUGCUUUUUUUAAGCAUCAUUUUUAAGCUAACUAGUUUGUCAGUGUAUUUUUAAGGUGGUGAUAUUUUUCUAAUUAUUAAUUACAGUAUAAGCCACUAAGCAAAAAGCUUCUUUUUUUUAGGUCAAUUAUCAUGACUCUUGCCAAAUAAAAUUUUGUUUUUUGUACAUGUAUUAUAAAGUUUACAACCUAGUCUUUGAGACUUCACAAACUAUGCAAGUUUUGAUUUGCAAUUACUUGGUAUUACAACUUAAUUCACUGAACACUUUGAUAUACAAUUCCAACCUUCUUAGUUUUAUUUCCUGCAAAACCAUUGUGACAAAAGUUAAAUUUUAUUGGCAUCAAAUUAAGUUUUUUAUAAGUUUUUAAAACUUAGUUUUUGAUGAUUGAAAUUUCAAAUUAAUUUUAACAGAUUUGUGAUUUUUAAUUAUCGUUGAACUUCAUUAUCUUGAGCACAAGUAUCUGAAUACCAGGGGUAUGUCAAAGUGAGUUGGCAGUCCCAACCUCUUUUUCUUUAGGUUUUUUAAAUCAUUUGUCUCAAAUCCUCUGAUAGCUAAUGCGUGACGUAUUAUCUCAGUCCCAUCUAGUUUUGAUAAGUUUUGACUUAAAAUUGGCUAUACUGGUUUGCCACUGCAUAAAUCUAUAGUGCUUUAUUAUUUUUUUAAAUUGUUAUGAAGGAAAGGUGUGAAAGAAAAGUAUUUUUUUCUUUGAAGUCAUCAGUUUCAUAGCUUUGUUUUUGUGUUACUCCACAAUGUAAUGUCCUAUCACUCUCACCCUAUCAGGGUUAUCUUUCUUAGGUCAUUAUUUUAAUAAUGUUUUAUAUACAUGUACUUGUAUAUAUUUAUCUGGUGAAGAUUAUAAAUGAUGUUCCCUGAAUUUAUUCUGCUGUAAGCCAAGUGACUUGUUUAAAACAAUGUAACUUUGGUAGAAACUGCUAUUUUUUUUCAAGGCUAUAAGGAUUUAGAUCUAAAAUUAAUGUGGUGCCAAGACAUUUGGAAUAAUUUGUAUUAUAUUAAACAAUUGAACUUCAUUAUAUGUUUAAUUAUAAAUGUCUGCCUGUAUAUGCAUAAAUAAACACUGUACAGUUUC